GGGAGCGAGAAAUCCUCGUGAAUUUUCAGCAGUAUCGUCGCGACUAUCCGCAACCAAAGUUCAUGAUUUGAUUGGUGUCUCAUAUUGAUCAUCUUAUUCAAUUAUAAUAUAACUUAUUGCCCUAACAAAACUAUAUUACAAAUCUUACGAAAUUAUACAUUUAAAAGAAACGUUUGUCGUAAUAUUAUAUUAUACUAUACUAUACUGUGUUAUCAUCUUUAGUUCAUCUAAAGAAUGAUAUAUUAUAAAUUACUUAUCAGUGUAAUCGUUAAAUAAUUAUUUAGAAAAAAAAAAGAAAAUAUAAAAGGAAAAAAAAAAAGACGUCGCGUUGAUCGGUCGAUGAUUAACGGUGGUUAUUUAAUUUUUUUUUAUCUAUAAUAUUAUACUUCAAUUAAAUCGUGUGUUCUUCGUUUCCAAGGGAAUAACUUCGUCUCUUACGUAUGAUGCAUUUAGAAAUCCUGUAUGUGAACAGAAUGCAUAGAAAUAUACGAUGUAUUAUUGCGAAGAAAGUUGAGAGAAAAGAAGAAUAGAAUAAAACAUCGAAGAAUCAUUGAACGUGAUCUUUUGAGAAAGAUCAAACGUUACAUUCAAUCUCGUACGAUCUUGUGAAAAAAGAAAUAAAUUCGUAUUUCAAACGAUUAAGUCGAUCCUUUCGCCAAACAAGAAGUCUUUUGCUAAACACUCAUCGCUUAUCCUUCGAUUAGGAAGGUACAACUGGGUCAACAACUGUUCUGGACGCUCGUAUAUUUGUCUUCAAGUUUUCGCGGUUAAAACAUUAUUAACUGGAACGAGAUUCGUUUGGAAUAAGAUCAAGUUAAGAUCAUGCUGAUGAGAAUACUGAAAUUGACAAUCAACGAAUAAACGAUUAUCCUUCUCGAAGCAGAAGCAAAAUUAAGUAAUCUCUUUUAUUCGGAAUCUGUAUCACAAGGUACAUCUGAAAUCUCUUGUCAAGCACUUUAAGUUGCUUCUUCGAAAUAUAUCGAGCAUGUAUCGCUUUGAAAAUUACAUCGACAUUUUCCGUCAACUAAAUAUUACAACAGAAGACCUCAAGUUCAUAGAAAACUAUACUUCCUUGUUGGAACUAUUCAACACGGAUUGUUAUUGCAACGGUUCCGUAAGAGAUUGGGCUCUGACGUAUAAAAUAUAUCAUGGUUACAUCGCAAUUAUGGUCUGCAUUUUUGGUACCUUUGCCAAUAUGCUCAACAUCGUCGUAUUAACCCAUAAAGAAAUGAUGAUAACGCCUAUAAACAAAAUUUUAACGGGAUUAGCACUAGCUGAUAUGUUAGUUAUGCUGGAGUAUAUACCGUUUGCUAUUUACAUUUAUUUAAUCUUACCAAGAUAUCGGAUCUUCCCUUACGGAUGGGCUGUCUUCGUUUUAUUUCACAUGCACUUCACUCAGAUAUUUCAUACCAUCAGCAUCGCACUCACUCUUACCCUAGCUGUCUGGAGAUACAUCGCUUUAAGGUUUCUGCAAUACAAUCAUGCAUGGUGCACACCUACCCGUUGCAAAGUAGCUCUAUGGUGUUGCGUUUUGGCGCCAUUGAUCGCCUGUGCACCGAGUUAUUUCGUCUUUGGCAUAAAGGAUAAACGUUUCGUCGAAAAUGGAACUUUAGAGAUUUUGUACUAUGUCGAUACCGAUUAUUCAAGAGACAAAGGAUUCAUUUAUCAACUUAACUUUUGGAUACUUGGAGUUGUGGUCAAACUUAUGCCCUGCUUUAUAUUAACCAUAAUUAGUUGUUGGUUAAUCAAAACACUUUGCAGAACGAAAAAUCGGAAACAAGCUUUAAAGAAUUACAAUCAACCUUUAGUGAAGAAUCUACCGAUAAAUAAUGGUUCGGUUAUACCACGAAGGCCAAGCAAGAAUGAAAAACAUGCUGAUAGGACAACCAGAAUGCUCGUUGCUGUUUUACUCCUUUUUUUAAUUACAGAAAUACCACAAGGUGUUUUAGGUCUUCUUUCUGGAAUUCUUGGCGAUUGCUUCUUUCGUAAUUGUUAUCAUAAUUUUGGCGAGAUAAUGGAUAUAUUAGCUUUAUUAAACGGCGCUAUUAAUUUUAUCCUUUAUUGCUUAAUGUCACGACAAUUUCGAACAUCUUUCGAACAACUAUUUAAACCCAAAAUCAUGAAGAAAUGCCAACCGGCCACUCAACAAACCGACGUACAAAGUACUUACGUAUGAUGUAGACUACCUACUUUGAAAGAUACUUAUUUCUAAAAUAAUUUUAAAUCAUUUCAAAUCGACGAUGUGAAAUCAACGAUGACUCAAUAAAAUCUCAAUGAUCGAGUAGAUAUAAUUAACAAAAAAAAGAAAAAAAAGACACUUUACAUUAUUCAAUAAUACCGAAUAAAAUGAUUAAACGAUAAAUUUAAAUAUGACAAUUAUUUUUUCUAAAUAAUUAUUUUUUAAUAAUAAAGUAACCAUGUAUAUUUAUCUAUAUAUAUAAAGUCAUAAUUCAGCUAUAAAUAUCUUUCCGAUACGAAGAUCAUCAAAUCGUAACGUUAGAAGUUCCUUCUUUUCUUUUUUUUUAUGUACGUUCACUUAAUGAGAAUCACGCUCAUUUAAUUCCUAUGCCUAUAUUGGACUUUGGCUCCGGUCCAAACAAAUUCCAUGAAAUCUAAUACAAUAAUUUAUAUGUUUAAUUAGAAGUGUGAAAAAAACCUACAAAACUGGCAUACAUUACACACAAAAUUGUAAAGUGAGAUGUAAAGUCAAUUAAAUAUCUAUCAAGCUAUCCUGGAUCAUCAUUUACUUUGUAAUUAGAUAAGUAGAGAGGAAAAAAUAUUUCUUCGUUAAUAAGACCAUGUAAUUGCUUAUUGAUAGUAAUUUAUAUUAUAUAAUUAAUAAAAAUUUAUCGUAUCAAAAAAAAAUGAAUCGUGAUAUUCGCGAUAUACUUACAAGCAAUAAUCAUCUAUUUCCUCUUUUUUGAUUUUGAUUUAAAAAAAAAAAAAAAAA